GGAUACAGCUGGCUGACAUUUCACUUCGCUACAGCCCGAUUGUGAAUUUUAGUCAUUUGCAAAUACACUGGGGGAAAAAACCACUCUGCUAUCCAUUCUUAGGUGAUAAUCUCUAACUUUGGGUGCGACAUCAGCAUUCAACCAACAAUGGUCCUCUCUGGAAUGAAACCUGUGACUCGGCUGCUUAGAACCUAAAGAAGGUGAUGGUGCUGUGACAAUGUAGAGAAGCCAUGGCAGAAAAUGUGGUUUGUACUGGGGCUGUCCGUGCUGUGAAGGAAGUUUGGGAAAAAAGACUAGAGAAACUCAGUGAAGACCUGAAGCGAGAGAAGCAGUUUCAGCAGAAGCUAGUGCGUAUCUGGGAAGAACGAGUAAGCUUAACCAAGCUAAAAGAAAAAGUCACCAGAGAAGAUGGAAGAGUCAUUUUGAAGAUAGAGAAAGAAGAAUGGAAGAUUCUUCCUUCCUCUUUACUGAAAUUGACUCAGCUUCAGGAAUGGCAAUUGCAUAGAACUGGUUUGUUGGAAAUUCCUGAAUUCAUUGGAAGAUUCCAGAACCUCAUUGUGUUAGAUUUAUCUCGAAACACUAUUUCAGAGAUACCUCCAGGAAUUGGACUGCUCACUAGACUUCAGGAAUUAAUUCUUAGCUACAACAAAAUCAAGACCGUCCCCAAGGAGCUAAGUAAUUGUGCCAGCUUGGAGAAACUAGAGCUAGCUGUUAACAGAGACAUUUGUGAUCUUCCACAGGAGCUCAGCAAUCUCUUAAAACUUACUCACCUUGAUUUGAGUAUGAACCACUUCACUACAAUACCUCUGGCUGUGUUGAACAUGCCUGCCCUUGAGUGGCUGGACAUGGGAAGCAACAGACUUGAACAACUUCCUAGUACCAUAGAAAGAAUGCAAAGUCUACAUACAUUGUGGCUACAACGGAAUGAAAUAACAUGCUUGCCAGAAACAAUCAGCAAUAUGAAAAAUCUGAGUACUCUUGUUCUCAGCAACAAUAAAAUGCAAGAUAUUCCAGUAUGCAUGGAGGAAAUGGCAAAUCUGAGGUUCGUCAACUUUAGAGACAACCCACUAAAAUUAGAAGUAACACUUCCUCUCAGUGAAAGUACAGAUGAAGAGGAACAGGAAUUAUUUGGCCUUCAGUUUAUGCACAAAUACAUACAGGAGUCCCGGAGAAGGGCAGAUGACUGGGUCAAGUGUUCAGCUACUUCACCAACCUUCAUUAAUACUGAUGGAUAAUAUAAUUCAAAAUGCCCUGCUGAAGAAGAUUAUUUUCAGAAUUUGGUGACUACUUUGUUUGGAUUUCUCAAGUAAAAAGCAAAGCUACUGCUACAGAUAAAUUAGGCCACAGUAUUUUUAAAGAUCAUCUAUUCAAAUUAUAUUUUUGUGAAUAUAAAAAUAUAAUUUAAAAGGUAUUUUUGGUGGAAGACA